CCUUGAUUCAUGAUCAACACCCAAACAUGGCUUUUACAGACCGGGCUUUCUCCCUCCAGCUCCUGCUCCUAAUCUCUUCUUUCCUCAUCCAAACCGCCAUUUCCGCAACCCCACUGUUCAGCAUCUGCUCCAACUCUCACAACUUCACUGCCAACAGCCCUUACGAGAAAAACCUCAUCAAACUCCUGGGUGAACUAUACUUCAAGACCCCUCCAACCGGGUUCGGGCUCGGGUCAUCCGGUCAGGGCUAUGACCGGGCAUACGGGCUCUCCCUCUGCCGUGGAGACGUCUCGACAAAGGACUGUGGGGCUUGUGUUGUCGAUGCAAGCGACGAGAUCAUCAAACGUUGUCCCAACGACAGAGGGGCGAUCAUAUGGUACGACAACUGCUUGCUGAAAUACGCAGACAGUGAUUUCUUGGGGAAGAUCGACGGGCAGAACAGAUUCUACAUGUGGAAUCUGCAGAACGUGACCAUUGAUCCCCAAGAAUUCAAUCAGCGGACGAGAGGAUUGUUGAGCGAGCUGUCGGAGCAUGCGAGUAAAACGGGUAAAAUGUAUGCGAAGGGGGAAGUGGAGGUUACAGGAUAUGAGAAGAUCUACGGCAUGGCGCAGUGCAGCAGGGAUCUCUCCGGGGCUGAAUGCAAGAAAUGCCUUGAUGAUGCUGUGAAUGAGCUCCCGAGGUGCUGUGGAGGGAAACAAGGUGGGAGAGUUGUUGGUGGGAGUUGUAACAUAAGAUAUGAGAUAUAUCCAUUUCUCAAUCUUUGAAAUUAA